AUGAAUUGCCCUUCCCGAACGGACGACACUCUCGAACAUGACGAGUGGAACCAGAAUCCCCCGCGCCUCGCUCCGGAUUUGACCACGUGCCAAGACUUCAAUGGUAUUGUGAAUGCCCGCGAGAAUCAGGAUGACAGAGGAGGGCCUUCUGGAUUACAUGGAGGCAUUAAGUGGAAGGAUGUUCCGCCAUUUAAGGAACCUGAGAAGGGGGACUCGCUCGACUGGGGACGCGGGAUGUCCCUGACGUUGUCAGGACAUUCCGCUCCAUCCAAGGCUAGCCCACAGGCUUACCAGAAAGACCAAUACUCAACCGAUCCUCCGCCACACCAGACAAUCAAAAGAUGGGCACUAUGGCUCCUCUCCGUACUCUGUGCUUCAGUACUCAUCUCAUCCAGCAAAUUAAGCGGGUAUCUCACAUUCAACCAAAACCCCAUUAUCACCGAAACAUCCCUCGAAAAAGAACGCCCAGCACCAAUGAAACGAUCAAAAUGCGCAACCGGGGGCGUCGGCGACGACACAUAUGACCUCCCCCUACACGUCGCCGCACUAUUCAUCAUCCUAGCAACAUCAACAAUCGCCUGCGCAUUUCCAAUUCUAGCAACGCGAUUCCCUCGUUUACGUAUCCCACCUUCAUUCCUGUUUUUCGUCAGUCAUUUCGGAACAGGCGUUCUGAUUGCUACUGCCUUUGUGCAUCUUCUUCCGACGGCGUUUACGUCACUGGGCGAUCCUUGUUUGUCUCAUUUCUGGACGACGGAUUACCCGGCGAUGCCGGGUGCUAUUGCGCUAGGUGGGAUAUUUAUUGUUACUUUGGCGGAAAUGGUGUUUAGUCCCGCGCAGCAUAUUUGUCGGGGUGGGAAGUCCGAUCCUAUUAAGCCGGGCCCAUCGUCUGGUUUUGAUAAAGAGGAGUCGUCGGGGAGACUAGCACCUGGGAUGACGGGGACGAGAGAUCCCGGUCGAUUUCCGGAUCAAAGUUCUUAUUUAUCUACGCUUGAUGGAAGAGCUCAUCUACGGGAUAUGGGACCAUUAAUUGGAAGGUCAUCAAGUAUUAGCAGGGCUAUGAACCGAGUUGGAGACGGUUCCGAGGAAAUAGUCCGUGUCGCAUCGGCCCCCGAAAUUCAGACUCAUCGGGAGAAAGAUAACGGAGCUAUCCAUGAAGACAUCGAGCGACAUGAGCACUCCUCCUUCGAAUUGACCCCAGAGCAGAAGCAGAAGAAAGAGACGAUGCAGGUGUAUCUUCUCGAGAUGGGCAUUCUCUUCCACAGUGUCUUCAUCGGCAUGUCACUCAGUGUCUCGAUUGGAAAUGAGUUUGUGAUUCUGCUGAUUGCCAUCGUUUUCCAUCAAACCUUCGAAGGCCUUGCAUUGGGCUCACGUAUUGCUUCGCUCCCCUGGUCUGAACGACAGCUUCAACCCUGGAUCAUGUCCCUGGCAUAUGGAUGCACUACCCCAAUCGGACAGGCCAUCGGCCUGGCCACGCAUACACUCUACAGUCCCGAUUCAGAAGUCGGCCUUCUCUUGGUCGGUGUCAUGAACGCUAUCUCCGCUGGAUUGUUGAUCUUUGCUUCCCUCGUGGAAUUGAUGUCUGAGGACUUCCUCAGUGAUGAGAGUUGGCGGAUUCUUUAUGGGAGACGGAGGGUUUAUGCUUGUUUGUUGGUGUUUUUGGGGGCAUUUUGCAUGAGCAUUGUUGGUGCUUGGGCAUGA